UCUAACUAGCUUCAGAAGAAGGAUAUAGGGCUAAGGCUUUUAGCAUACAUAAACCCUGUAUUUCCUUCAUUGUAUUUCUUCCUUGAGUUUCAGUUUCAUUUCCUAGAAACUGCCAUGACGUCGAGUACUGCUCACUCUCCUCUGGCUUUUGCCUUUGGCAUUCUUGGUAACAUUGUUUCCUUCAUCGUGUUUCUAGCUCCAGUGCCAACAUUUUACAGGGUGUACAAGAAGAAAUCAACGGAAGGAUUUCAGUCAAUUCCAUAUGUAUUUGCACUCUUCAGUGCAACGAUCUGGAUUUACUAUGCAUCCCUUAAAACUGACGAAAUGCUUCUUAUCACCAUCAAUGGCUUCGGUUGCGUCAUCGAAACCAUCUAUAUUGCAAUGUACAUUGCAUAUGCACCAAAGCAAGCUAGGAAGAACACCUUGAGGCUGCUGCUUCUUAUAAAUUUUGGGGGAUUUUGCUUGAUUCUUCUUUUGUCUCACUUCCUAGCACAAGGGCCAACUCGGGUUAAAGUUCUGGGAUGGGUUUGUGUAGCUUUCUCUGUCAGUGUAUUUGCAGCACCUUUAAGCAUCAUGAGAUUGGUAAUUCGCACCAAGAGCGUAGAAUUCAUGCCGUUUUCUCUUUCCUUCUUUCUCACCCUCAGUGCCAUCAUGUGGCUCUUCUAUGGUUUACUCCUUAAAGAUCUCUAUGUUGCGGCCCCAAACAUACUUGGUUUCAGCUUUGGUGUGGUUCAGAUGAUACUGUAUGCAGUCUACAGAAACAACAAGACGGUUAUUUUGGACGGGGAGAAGCUACCAGAGCACAAAACAGCUGAUGAAAUUGUGAAGCAGAUCAACAUCACGGUUUUGCCUACUGAAAUACAAGUACAAGUGAAGGAAGAGGCCGUAAGCCCCGCCCAUGAGCAAAGCGACAGUUGUGACAAUCAUGAGCAAAGCGAACACGACCAACGUCAGCAUGUUCCACAGCCAUGUCAGGUUGAUGCUCAAGGAGCCGACUUGAUCUCUAAUAAGCAAGUCCCAGUACUUGUUCAAUGCGAAGUUUGAGCAUGUAUUCGAGUCGAGUACUUCGCAUCUAUUCCAGAUGGCGCCUUUGGUUGGAACGAUCUCCUGUGUGCUACUAGCUACUUGGUCUGAUCUUCAUUUCCACCCCUGAAUAUUGUACGUGGAAGUUCAUAUGUAACAUAGAGGAUGUGUACAUGUCCUUUAUUUUGGUGCAUCUUUAUCUUUCCGUAAGCCUAGUUCGUUCAUAGACUCUUCCCCCUAUUGUAAUGGAUGCAUUUGAAAAGCUUUGGAGGGCAUAGAUAGUGGCUCGUUGUGAACAUCAAUUAUGCCUUCCUUCCUUUAAUUAAUCAUGAAAUAAAAUUCCAUGUAUGUUUAUGAAGUA